GGAAUGCGCUGCGUUUGUGAACAUACCAAUUUUUCACAAAUCUAAUAUCAAUCUUCGACAAGCCAUGGCACUUUCGAAGGGAACCGUCGCUAAGCGCGCAGCAGAUUCAGAGCCUGGUCUCGAUCAAGCUCAGACAUUACGCGCCUCGAAAGCUCUUCUCUCCAAGAUCCAAUCGGACGCCGUCGCACAGAAAUCUUCGGGAAAACCCAGCUUGCUUGAUGAUGCCGAUGAUGAGGAUGCGGAGGAUGAGAUUCCGGUCUGGCUAAUCUUAACGACCAAGAAGCACAUCAUUGACAAGAAGCGGCUUAAGCCUGGCAAGGUCCUUCUUCCACACCCAUACUUGAAUGUCGGCGAUGCGAAUUUGAGGAUAUGCCUCAUUACAGCCGACCCCCAGCGCAGAUACAAAGACAUUGUCGCCGAUCCGAGUUUUCCUGUGGAGGUGUCGCAAAGAAUACAACGGGUCAUUGACGUUAAGAAAUUGAAGGCAAAGUACAAACCAUUCGAGGCGCGAAGGCAAUUGUUCGGCGAGUAUGACGUCUUCCUCGCCGACGACCGGGUCAUCACACUGCUGCCAAAGAUCCUUGGCAAGGUCUUCUACAAAAGCGGCAGCAAGCGACCGAUUCCCAUCUCGCUGGAGGGCAGGCGCCAAAACACAGACGAGCAGGGCAACAAGCGUCGCAAGCUUUCCGAGGGUGGCACAAAGGUUAUCAAGGACGAGGUCAAGCCAGCGACCAUUGCACACGAUAUCGAGCGCACAUUGCACAGCGCGCUCGUACAUCUUGCUCCAUCCACGACGACCGCUGUCAAAGUUGGAAUUGCAUCGAUGGAGGCCGAGCAUGUACAAGAGAAUAUCGAAGCCGUCGUGCACGACAUGGUAGAGCGCUACGUGCCACAAAAGUGGCGUAAUCUACGAGCUGUCCACAUCAAGGGCCCCAACACCGCCGCGCUACCGAUCUGGCUGGCCGAAGAGCUAUGGGAGGAUGAGCAGGAUGUCCUGGAAGAGGCCACACCCGCAAAGGAAAGCCGCAAGAAGCGGACGCGCGGCGCACUAGAGGCUGGUGAUGCGGAUGAAGGGGUCAUUGAGGUGCCAGGUGCCGAUGGCAAAAUGCGCCGCGUGGAAAAGCCACCGGCUAAGAGGAAGAGCUCCGAAGUCGACGGCAGCAAGGCGAAGAAGGCAAAGGGAACCUCAGCAGAUGAGAACAAGGCGACAGAGGCGCUUGAAGUCGAGAAGAAGGACAAGGCUGCCCGGAAGGCUGCCCUACAGAAGCAAAAAUCCGAGGCAAAGGCCGCGGCUGUGAAGGCCAGGUGAGAAUCGCCAGGCUGUCAUAAUUCUUAAUAGUCUCUGUCGGCGGGUAAACAUGGAGCGAAGGCGUUUCGGUUUAGCUUUGUACGAAAUGUUAUGUUUCAAUGACUGUGUACAAAUCUUCUAUGUCCCAAGUCUCUCGCGCCUUCAGGGGGUCUGUCACGAGUGGUCGUUCAACGGCGAUGAAACAGGCCUUGCCUUGAGGUUCUCUACGAGAGUGCAAACAAGUCGCGGUUCGUGGACACAUAAGUCACAAAUAGUUCUUAGACUUGAUUUCUUGCUUUCAUAAUCAAACACAUAGCAGUCCCGGGGUUCA